AUGCCGUCGAAAGUUGAGAAUGGCGGCGAGCCGUUCUUCGCUGGGAGGCUGUCGAAGCCAAUGAGCGAGCUCCUCCGGCAGCACAAUGAGGCACCUCGACUGGUGUGGGAGCAGAAGAACAUGUCGCAUAUUCUGCAAGUCGACUUGGCACAUGCCGUGAUGCUUCAGGAACAAGGCCUCAUUACGAAGCAACAAGCUUGUGAUCUGGUUAAAGCACUUCAAGGAAUUAGCAAAGCUGGUCAGUUCGUCACCAAGGAUGGAUAUGGCAGUAUGGUCCUCCAGAUCGAAGGCCAUGUUGCCAAGCAGAUCGGCGAAGAUACCGCAGGUCGACUUGCUAUUGCCAGGAGCCGUCUGGACCAGGGGGCGACUGUUUGGCGACUGAGUGCGAAGGCUCAGAUGAGGGUUAUUACCGAAGAACUGGCACGACUCCAAGAUACUCUGCUGAAUGUUGCUGCCCGAUACAGCACGACUCCUUCGAUCAACUAUACACAUCUUCAGCAAGCUCAGCCCGCGACAUUUGGUCAUUACCUGCUUGCCUUUAGAGACCGACUUCAAGACUCCUUCGAUGCAUUGACCCAGAUAUAUGACAGAGUGGAUCGUUGUCCACUUGGCGGCGUCGGCCUCUCUGGCACGGACUUCGAUAUCAACCGGCAUCGAACUGCUUCGCUUUUGGGUUUCGCAAAGGUCCUCGACAACUCAAGGCUCUGUCGUGAUUCGUACUACCAGGUUGAACUCAUGUCAGCAUUGGCCAUGGUGAUGACAUAUUUGAACGAUCUCUGUACCGACCUUCACAUCUACAGUUCCAAUGAGUUCAGUACAAUAGAAUUGGACGACUCCCAUACGAGCACGAGCAGCAUCUUCCCUCAGAAGAAGAAUCCGUAUGCUCUCGAAACAAUCAAGGCGAAAGCAGCAGAGGCAAUGGGCUGGACCACCACCGCAUUCGCCAUAUUCCGAAAUGAAGGUACUGGAGAUACAGGCGCUCGUAGUGUCUCGCAGCUGGACGGAGCCCGCGAUACCUGUAUUGCGAUGCUAAGGCUGACGGCCGAGGUCGUUGAUGGCCUGUCGGUCAACGAGGAGCGAUACGAGUCGCUGUUGGAGAGUGCUUGGGUAACAACCAAUCGUCUCAGCAAUAUCUUGCUAUCUGACUUCGGCAUGAGCUAUCGGAGUGCCCAUGGUGUCGUCGCUCGGCUUGUGAAGAACUGCUUGACGAAGAGUAUCCCCAAGACUGCUGUUACCGUCGACAUGCUGCAGGCUGCAGCUCAUGAAAUGGAUGUGGAGCCCAUCCCAAUCACUCAGGAAGGAUUGACUCUAGCGCUGGACCACAAGGCGUUCAUACAGAACUCGCGUAGCUUCGGUGGUGUUGGUCCAGAUCAAGUCGAGCGCAUGGAAUCCAUUGCGAAGGCGCAGAAUUCUGCCAAUCAUCAGUGGGUGGCUGGCAAGAAGUUGAAGUCCGUGGAGGCCAUAAGAGAGCUCGAGGCGGUUUGUGCACAGUUACAGCAGACCUCGUCAUAA